ACUUCUUGGUUAUUGAGUGAAUAAAUGGCUGCUAUUCAGGAACAGGUACGUAGCUGGUCAGCAAGAAUUGUUUUGUUUGGCAGGACGAUGUGUGUUGUGUGAGUGCUCGAUAUGGACGAAUUCUAAUUGCGCCGUAGAAUCAAGCUGCUUUCCAGAAGCAAGACAAGUUCUCUUACCGCAAGGUCCAUCUGUUGGGCAAGAAGGCCAACCAGCGCUGGUACGCCAACAUUGGUUUGGGAAUCAAGACGCCCGCCACUGCCAUCAACGGAAAGUACGUCGAUAAGAAGUGCCCGUUCACCUCUGAUGUGACUAUUCGUGGAGCCAUUCUGAAGGGACUCGUUAUUUCUACCAAGAUGGAGCGCACCAUUAUUGUCCGCCGUGACUACCUGCGUUACGUCAAGAAGUACAGACGUUACGAAAAGAGACAUCGUAACAUCCCUGCUCACUGCUCUCCCUGUUUCGAUGUGAAGGAAGGAGACAUCGUGACCAUUGGUCAGUGCAGACCUCUGUCCAAGACCGUGAGAUUCAACGUGAUCGACCACGAGUCUCAGAAGUCGAAGGGUCUCUCCAACAUCCGUAAACAGUUCCGUAUGUUCUAAAGAGACGUUUGUUGAGUCGGUGGUUU